AUUAGUAGAAGGAACAUGAACAUCUAAGCUCACAAGCCCGUAACGAGAGCCGCCCAGUGAAAAAAAAGAGAGAUCGUCUAUUCCUUCUCGGUCUUUUUGCCAUCUGGAACUUAUCGUUCGAGUGCAAGUAGUGGAAGAACGUGAGUGUUUAGAAAGCCUAAGGCCCCGGAACUGACGAGAGAGAAGGAGGAACGGAAUAGAGAGCAAGAGAGAAAAUGGGCCUUCUCUGUCGUUCUCGCUGUCGUCCUCUAUUUGGUUCUCGUGAACGAAUCAAAGGAAAACUUGGAGCCUCGUAGGCUCAGUGCAAAAUUUAUUCUCCUUCGUCACAGGUGUGUGCUGUACGGUUCUUGACUAGUCAUAUAUUCUUUUGAUAAAAGCGAAAUAAUGCGGGAGGGCGAGAACUUUGUAACGCAAUCCAGCUCUCACGUGACAUAGUUCUUUUCAUUGAUAAAAUAUUAGAGAUCGAUAAUUAAGUGCCUCCUCGAUCCUUGCUCAUCGACUUCAAACCGAAGCGGAUAUUGGUGCUUCAAGGUACGUUUAAAUACUACCACCGGUAUUCCCGAGGGACAUUUUUCAUCUUUCAAGCUUCACAUCCUUCCAUCAUGCUACGACGCUUCAUACCCACGUGGAUGACGGGAAGCCCGAGAAAAUCCGAUGAUAUUUCCGUGGGUCCAGGCGAUAAUAGAUUGGAUGCCUCCAUGGUCCAAGAAGAAAAAGAAGAAAUCCCAACCGUAGAUGUUUUGUCUUUGAGCGUGGAGCAGAAGCUGUUGCUCAAGGAAUCAUGGAAGAUAAUCUACUCGGAAAUGGGCCAAGCUCUCAGUUUCGUGGGGGGCGGAUCGCAAACCAAAGGCGGCAUGAGCAAUUCCGUGGCGGAUACGUUUCUCAAACUGUUCCAAGAAUAUCCUAAAUCUCAAGAGUUCUUUUUCCACUUCCGCGAUACUCCGGUGGAAGCUCUCAAAGAAGACGUCCGGCUCUCACGGGCUCUCCAGGAGCACGCAGUACGAGUCAUGCAAGUGGUGGAAAAGGUCAUUGCCAGAUUGGAGAACGCCGACAAAAGUAAUCAAUACCUCCUGAACUUGGGCAAGUUCCAUCGUCACGCUGGGAUCCCCAAUGAUUACUUUGGAGUAAUGGGGACGAUUUUCUGUCACUCGGUCCGCCCUUAUCUGGAGGAUCAGAACGCUUGGAACGAAAAUGUGGAAGACGUAUGGAUGGAACUUUUCGGACACAUUGCUCGAGUGAUGACUCACGGGCAUAAAUAUUAUCACAUCGCCACCCAUGUUCCACCGAACAUUAAAUGAAACUAAUCGACGUUUUGUUUCAUACAAACCCAUUCCGUACGAACGCAUCAACUAUCUUUUGACAUAUUUUUCGUUCCUGUGUCGCCUUUUGUGGAAGCUUUGACAUCAUCUUCUCUUUGCUUGCACUUUGGCUUUGAAGUCCAUCCAGCUCCAAGUUUGCCAAGGAAGAACACUAAUCAAAAGAAAUGAAGAUCUUGCUCUAGACGAGAAUGACCAACUUUGAGUCAGUUUUGUGACAUAGCUAUUGUACUCUUUGAAUUUGCUUCAACAACGGGAAAUAAAAACGUUUUUCCCAAA